AUGUCAAACUGGCCGGUCAAGCCUGCCUGCGAACUGGCCGGGCCUCCAGUCAAGCCUGCCUGCGAACUGGCAGGGCCUCCUGUGAAGCCUGCCCCUGAACUGCCCGAGCCUCCGGUGAACCCUGCGCCCGAACUGCCCGAGCCUCCGGUGAACCCUGCGCCCGAACUGCCCGAGCCUCCGGUGAACCCUGCGCCCGAACUGCCCGAGCCUCCGGUGAACCCUGCGCCCGAACUGCCCGAGCCUCCGGUGAACCCUGCGCCCGAACUGCCCGAGCCUCCGGUGAACCCUGCGCCCGAACUGCCCGAGCCUCCGGUCAACCCUGCGCCCGAACUGCCCGAGCCUCCGGUCAACCCUGCGCCCGAACUGCCCGAGCCUCCGGUCAACCCUGCGCCCGAACUGCCCGAGCCUCCGGUCAACCCUGCGCCCGAACUGCCCGAGCCUCCGGUCAACCCUGCGCCCGGACUGCCCGAGCCUCUGGUGAGCCCUGCCGCUAAACUGCCCGUGCCUCCAGCGAGGCUAGUUUUAGAUCCCUCCAAGCAACCAGUGAAUCCUGCUGCUGAACCGCUUGCGCCUCCAAGGAAGCCUGCCAUCUACCCGCCCAAGCCUGAAGUGAAGAUUUCUGCCGAACUGCCCAGGAAUCCAGUGAAGCUUUCUGCCAAACUGUUCAUGCCUCCAAUGAAGCCUGCCCCCAAGCCUCCAGUGAAGCUUGCUGCAGAACCGCCCAAGCCUCCAAUGAAGCUUACUGCUGAAUGGCCUAAGGCUCCAGUGAAGUUUUCCGCCCAACUGUUCAAGCCUCAAGUGAAGUUUACCUCCAGUGAAGCCUGCCGCCCAAGCCUCCAGGGGUAA